CCUCCGCUCCACCAGGGGGCGAGAAACAGUGAGGCGCUAUUAGCAUCAUCACAACAUCCGCCUGUGAAAGUGCCGAGUAAAUAUGACCGUUUCACGGUUGCCGUCUGCUGCGCUUUCUUUAAAGCAGUUUUUACACAGGCAGAAGGUGUUGGGGAUCUACAGAAACAUGCUGAGGACCAUACGACGGGUGCCAGAUGAGGCAGAUAGGAAGUUCUUGAGAGACUGGGCCAGAGAUGAAUUCCAUAGGAACAAAAAUGUCACACAUGAGGAUGCAAUCCGUAUGAUGAUCACACAAGCUUCCAAUCACCUGGAGGAGCUGCAGAAGUCUCUGGCAUUGGCCCACAGUUAAGGACUGCAAGCUGCCAGAGUUCCUGUUUUGUACUCUAUUUAACUGGUUUUCAGUGAGGAAUAAUAUUUGGUGUGGGAAUGUGGGAAUCGAGGCCACCUGAGAGUCUGAACCCAUCUGCCACGUGUGUAUAUUGGCACUGUUUAUACUGUACAUGUGUUAAAUAAAGAAUAAUGUAUGAAAUGACAAA